AUGCCAUCCACAAUUUUUCCGGACUAUUCUUCGUCACCAGAGUUUGAUAUAUCAAGCUAUUAUGAACAUUCUGAUCCGUCGUUACUAAUACACUAUUCGUUAACUCCGACCGAUUUAUCAUAUUCGUCAUCAUCAUUAUCAUUAAGUAAUAUAAAAUAUUUCGAUUUGAAAACGAUUGGUGUCGUCGACCAAUCGUUUCCCAUGUCGUUGACGUCAUCAUCUUCAACCAUUUCUCUAAGUUUCGACAAUGAAGAUUUUGGUAAUAGUGAUCAACAAAAACAGCAGCUCGAAUAUACAAUUCCUUUCGUCCACGAAGACCUUUUUUGUCAAGUUGUUACACGAAACUCUUUGGCAAAUACAACAGCAAAUUUUUCCACUUUUUCUCCUUUAUUAACACCGACGACAUUAAGUAACACUACGAAUACUACAACUCUAUCCAAUAACACUGUACGAUCGUCUACUAAUAACGUGGCAAAUACUUUUUUGCCAUUGAUCACGUCGACUGGGGCGACAAGCUCAUUGCCAAAUACUUCGAUAACUUCGAAUAUGACACCCGCGUUUGUUGAACCACCUCUCGAUCCCCAUUAUUAUAAUAUUCAAACUAUGGCAAACGCGUCUUCUCUGUCACCAUUCUCCCCGAUUAUCGUCCCAUCUUCUUUGCAUUCAAGAGUAGUUCCGAUGUCAAAUCAUCGUCAACAUCAACAAUUACAGUGUCAACCUAAUCAACAUCAUCUUAUUAAUAACAAUACGAAUACAAUAAUUCCAACAACAGAAGACAAUUAUGAUCUGAAUUCAUCAAUUAACGUUAAUAUUUUACGUUCAUUAACAACUACUUCUCCAAUACAAGCAUCUAUAUCGGGGCAAAAUAUAAAUACUGCUACUACCAGUGGUAACUCUCCUAAAUCUAUGAAUUCCAGCAAGAUCAAUAGUAAUAAUACUACUACUGUCGCUGCCGCGACUGCAACGCCAACCAAACCACAAUUCUCUUAUAGUGGUCCACCAAGAAGUUACUAUUCACGAUUGCCAUUAUAUGAUCGUCCAUUCAAAUGCGAUCAAUGCCCACAAAGUUUUAACAGGAAUCAUGAUUUAAAACGCCACAAGAGAAUUCAUUUGGCCGUGAAACCAUAUCCGUGUCCAUACUCAAGGGAACAACCGGCAGCUAAUGAUCAUAUGGUUCUUUACUGA